AUGGCGACGUGUCAUCAUUCGCGCGCAGCCGAGCGCAUUGACCCGGUCAAUCCGACUGCUGCGAUGAAUGCGCACGAUUUUUCGCGUCGAAUUUUCCUGGAUUUUUCGACGGCCGUCCACGCGCCGUUUUCGAGAAAUGGCACCCGUUAUUUCACCCUCGCGAACUUUCACGGUGUAUUACCGGAGACAGCAUACAUAGAGAUUCGAAUAAACGCGAUGAGGUAUCGAAAGUGUGGCUUCAUGGAUAUUCGUUGGACGAAUCGGGCGACUGCAAUCACGUGGCUUUUACGCCGUCGUCCCUCGCUGAAAAGCAAAUGA